AUGACCAGCUAUUUUAAAAUAGAGCAUAAGUAUCCUGAAAAUACAACGUCCUAUGACCAGUGUCGGGUGGAAUGGGGAGAGGAUUAUAUUAUCUGCAAAGAUGGCGAUCCAUACACUCAUUAUAGAACAUUUACCUCUGGGAACACCUUGAUCAAAGACAGAAAGACGAGAGAGACCAUCCGCAAGGAGACUGAUGCAUUGUGUUUUGAAAUGGAGGCAGCAGGCUUGAUGGCGGACUUUCCUUGCCUUGUGGUACACGGUAUUUUCGAUUAUGCUUACUCACAUCAGAAUAACAAUGGUAGGGCUCUCCUUGAAGACAUCAAACAAGGCCAGAAUAGAGCAUUGGAUCAACAAGGAAGCAGCCACAGUGAGAAGAUGGCGAAACUCUUAUUAGACAGUCACCAUCGUUGUCACCAGGUCUUCAAGACGUCAACUUAUGAGAAAUUCAAAAACAUCAAUCCAAACCGAGUGGAAGGAACAUGUGAGUGGGCACUUAAAAGCCCCGAGUACCAACGCUGGUGGAACACAACAAGCAAUGAUCUUCUAUGGAUCUCGGCUGACCCGGGAUGCCGUAAAUCUGUACUCGCAAAAUCAUUGAUUGAUGAAGUGUUCGCGGCCGCUGAUUUGACUGUCUUCAUUGUUUAUUUAUUUUUUGAGGAUAAUGAUGAGCAGAACAGUAUUGCUACUGCAUUGUGUGUUGUUCUUCAUCAGCUAUUUAGCUUGCAACCCCAAUCUGCUGCGACACGCAUUGCCGUUCUGGGAAAGAAAUUGAGAGAAAAUUCAGUAUAA